UCAGAGGCCCAGUUGGUGGAGUCCGGAGGGGAUGUGAGAAGGCCUGGAGAGUCCCUCCGUCUCUCCUGCCAAGGCUCUGGGUUCAACUUUGGGGGCUUUUCGAUGAGCUGGGUGAGGCAGGCCCCUGGAAAAGGGCUGGAAUGGGUGGCAUUGAUAACCUCUGGUUCCGGUACUUACUACUCGGACAAAGUGAAGGGACGCUUCACCAUCUCCAGGGACAACUCCAAAAGCCAACUCUAUCUGCAAAUGAACAGCCUGAAGCCGGAGGACUCGGCAGUCUAUUACUGUACAGGAGACACAGUGGGAUCAGAGGCCCAGCUGGUGGAGUCUGGAGGGGACGUGAGGAGGCCUGGAGAGUCCCUCCGCCUCACCUGCCAAGGCUCUGGAUUUGACUUCGGCAGCUAUGGCAUGCACUGGGUGAGACAGGCCCAUGGAAAGGGGCUGGAAUGGGUGGCAUACAUAAAUCCAGGUUCCGGUACUAUUUACUACUCGGACAAAGUCAAGGGACGCUUCACCAUCUCCAGGGACAACUCCAAAAGCCAAGUCUAUCUGCAAAUGAACAGCCUGAAGCCGGAGGACUCGGCAGUCUAUUACUGUGCCUGCUACCGCAUGUACUGGGACAAGAGGAGAGGAGCUCAGCCUGGAGCCAAACAGAAACCCCCGUUGUCUGGAGCUGCCUCCAUCCACACGUUUGAUCCGUGA